AUGAAGAAAGCCGUGGUCGGUGGUCGCCGUUAUAUGAAUCCUGAGCCGUAUGACCCCGGACCACUUGACCCAGGCUGGAGUAGUGCUUACAAGAUUUUCUUUAUUUUUGAUGUUUCGAAGGCACCGAGCGCUGAGAGUGCAAGCAUGGCUUUACGGUACUUGGUUUCGUUAUCUUUAGCGGUCGCAGUUGUGGCCGAUCAAAGCUCACACGUCAGCAUCAGUCUCGGCGGUGCUCCUGCUGUCAGCCAUCACAGUUCCUCUCACCACGCACGCACUUCAUACCACCAUCAACCUACCUAUCAUACACAAUCCUCAUACCAUCCACAACCUUCCUAUCAUCCUGCUCCCGCUUAUCACCCGCAGCCUUCCUAUGAGCAUGAACAUGAGCCUGCUGUGCCAGAAUGUGCUGCCAACACAACCAAACCAUGGUGUCUAGAAGACGACCUUUAUCCCACCUACGAGAUAAAGCACGCAGCCGAGUAUCACUACAAGAAGCUUCUCUCCCUCUAUGCUGACGUAGCCGAACUCAACACCGAACUGUCUGUGGACCGACCAAACAGCCUGGAUGAGGAAACUUACUUGUGCCCAUCAGAGACCGCUUACGUCAGGCCCCUUCGUGCACAGAACACCGAGGGAAAAUGGCGUGUCGUUGUAAACAAUAUCGAUGCCCAUUAUCAGACUCUCACUCAGACUACACGCAUCGAAGAGUGUCUCACUUCCGCCGAUGCAUGUCCUCUGGUGCCGGAGUGCUACGAGUCCAAGUGUCUGCAGAAGUCCAUCUACCACCGCUUCCCUGUCUACAACCCCUAUGAUCAGUACUUCCCCUUCGCCUUCGAGACAUUUAAGCUUCCCGCCAGCUGUGCUUGUCUGUUGGGUGCCUAUACCAUCGAUCAUUAG